ACUCCCAGAGAGAGAGAGAGAGAGAGUGUGUGUGUAUGUUGGAAAAAGAGAGAAGAGAGCAGGAAGGAUCUGGACACUCCCAAGCAGAGAGUCAGUGAGAGCGCAGCAUCAGCCGCUUCUCUCCAGAGCGAAAACUCACUCUCAUCAGCAUCUUCCUUUACUUGAAGGUUCCGAGACGCGCCAUCAAGGAUGUUCUACUUCCAUUGCCCGCCUCAACUUGACGGAGAGUGCUGUCGCUCCAACACGCUUAAUUCAGGCGGAUUUGGAAACCACGCCCCGGCUGAUUUCGAUGAUGGAUUUCUGCGGAGGAAGCAGCGCAGAAACAGAACAACAUUCACUUUACAACAGUUGGAGGCUUUGGAGGCCGUCUUUGCACAGACUCAUUACCCGGACGUGUUCACCCGGGAGGAGCUGGCCAUGAAAAUCAACCUAACCGAGGCCAGGGUGCAGGUUUGGUUUCAGAAUCGCAGAGCUAAGUGGAGGAAGACGGAGCGAGGUGGCUCGGAGCCUGAUGCAGGGAAGGAGCCAAUGAGCGAUGGCACUCCUCCAUCUCGCAGCAUCAACUCUCAGUCCCCGGUGGACCACAGCAGGAAACAAAAAGAACCUCUGGAGAUACAGCAGAGCAUCAACAGGACAGUGGGUCCAGGCGGUCCGUUUUUUCCAUCAUGCAUUCCAGGUACGCUCCUCAACUCUGCCACCUAUGCCCAGGCCCUCUCACACGUUGCUACCCUGAAAGGGAAUGGUUUGUGCUCCUGCUGUGUCUCUGACCCCAUGGGCUUGUCCUUCCUGCCUCCCUAUGGCUGUCAGGGAAACCGCACAGCCAGCGUUGCUGCCCUGCGAAUGAAAGCCCGCGAGCAUUCAGAGGCUGUUCUGCAGUCUGCCAACCUGCUUGGCGCCGCAGCCACUCCUGGAGCAGGCAUGGGAGUCCUAUCCAACGUGAGCACGGCUGGGGUGGUUAGGCCUUCUCUGGGACCCAACAUAGAAGUACCCAGCAGUGGUCUGAGAGGAGGAGACAACUCCAGCCCUGGCACCGCUGCAAAAGUCCCGAUCCUGGGCAGCAGUCCUGACAAACAUCCUCACUGCUCCAAGGAACCUCUGGAUAAGAAGUGAGGAGCUGGACACAAAUGUGGAUGUUUGCUGAUAAUCUGUGAUUAAGCCUCCUGAUCUCUUCUAAUGCUCGAAAAAUGAGCAACAAAGCACAACUGCUGGCUGACUUCAGAAAAAUCCUCUGACAGAUGUUUUGUAUGGAUGGCAACAGAAACACAUUUAUCUGACUGUAAAGUAUUCUUGUGAGAAAUGCCGAAUAUCUGGGUUGGUGUGACGCUGGAAAAGAAAAACUGUGUUUUUAAUAAUUGUCCAUCUACCUGCACUCUUGGACUAUAAUAUCUAUAACAUAGAUGCAUUAUGUGUGAAGCAAAAGGCCUAUUUGAUAAUGUGAAUUUUAAUAAUGGUGUGGGGACUGUUGCUUAUGUUCUGAAUGUCAGUGCAUGAAGAGUGAGUGUUGAAGUUAUGAUAGUACUGGGGAUUUUUUUUUUUUAAGUCAGCAGUGAGACAAAACAAUGGUAUCUAUUUUUUUUUUAUCUUAAAGUGAAAGUGCACUUUAGUAAUAUAUCUGCUGUACUACAUGUAAAAAAAAAUGCCAUUGUCACUGUGCGUGUUCAGUUAUCCCUCGCUCUCUGUUAGCACAUCUGUAGUGGCAGCAGACAGGAAACACACCAGUCCUGUUGUGACAUGUUCUUUAAAACAAUUAAAGAUGUAGUCACUCAUGUUCCUCUCCUGUUGCCUCUCGCUCCAGCCAUCUGUUCUGAUACAUAAUUUAUGAGCAACUCUUAAAGCCAGAAGGGGACUCUUAUCAUUUAUUUACUUUUAGGAACGCUUCCUGUUCCUACUGCUUAACGUUUUUUUAAUUUUUUUUAUAAAUCCAAAAAAAAAAAAAA